AUUAUACCUGCUAUGAUGGAGACCUUCAUCUACAUGCUGAACAUCCCCACACAUGCUCCUACAGACUUGAGGAAUAUCAUCCUCAACAAGUCUGAGGAGGGUUACACCUUCAACAGCUUCACUCUGCAGCUGGAGGGCCUGGAUGUCUCGGAGGAGUCCCGAUUGGCUGCCUUUCUUUUCAUCCUUCUCUCCUAUCUGUUUAUUGUCGUUGCCAAUGUUGGGAUCGCUGCUCUGACUUUCCUGGAUCAGAGGCUUCACCAGCCCAUGUACCUGCUGUUCUUGAACCUUUCAGUCAACGAUGUUUUAGGGAACACCGUUGUUCUGCCCCGUUUGCUCCUGGACAUCCUUAGGCCGCCCUCUGACCGCCUCAUCGGUUACUAUGAGUGCGUCCUCCAGGCAUUUAUCAUACACAUGUUUAACACUACGUCCCACACCUUGCUCAUGAUCAUGGCCUUCGACAGGUAUGUGGCCAUCGGUAACCCUCUGCGUUACUCUGUAAUAAUGACCAAUAGAAUGCUGGUGAAGCUGACGGCGGGCGCCUGGGGGGUGGCUCUGGUUCUGGUCGGGAUUCUGCUGGGUCUGACCAUACGGCUGAACCGAUGCAGGACGUUCAUGAGAAGCAUAUACUUUAAUAACGCUGCAUUGUUUCUGCUCUCAUGUGACAAUAUUUUCAUCAAUAACGCAUACGGGCUGACUUUCACCGUGGUUCUCUUCACAGCGUCCAUCGGCAGCAUGGUUAUCACCUACACUAAGAUAACUGUGGUCUGUCUGACCAGUAGGAACAAUACUUUGAACAAAAAGGCAUUAAAAACCUGCAGCACCCAUCUGCUUGUUUAUCUCAUCAUGUUCUUAAGCGGAAUAAUCAUCAUUAUUCUGCAUCGCUUUCCUCAAUAUGCUGAGGCCAAAAAAAUCGCUGCUGUUUUGUUUCAUGUGGUUCCUGGAAUCCUCAACCCCCUCAUUUAUGGUCUGCAGUCCAAAGAGAUACGGAAAUAUUUCUCAAGGAUGUUUUCCUCAAAUAAAGUUUUGAUGUCAUCUUAAAGAAGACUGACUUGGUCUGAAAGCACUU